AUGGAACUUGACACUGAGCACAUACAGUAUAUGUGCCAUUUCCUGCACUUCUGCUUCCACUUUAAUCUGUAUGGCUGCAUCAUCUUCCUCAAGAGCGUUCCUGAGCAUCCUGGGAUACUUUCUUACCCUCAUGGUAGGUCAAGACGUAGUCAAUUGCAAGCCCACAGACUCACUGUCAUAAUCCUGACUGUGUUUAUUAUACCCUAUCACAUCUUGCAGGAGCUAAGAGUGGGCAGUUUGAUAAACAAUUUGACACCCUGUUUGCAAAAGAUCAAGGAUGCCUACAUGCUGUCACAAUGCUGGACAAGCUUUAACACGCUCUUUAACCUGGGACUCAACACCUUGACUGGGGACAAGUUCCAGCAGGAUUUCUUUCUGCAGUCUAAUUUCUACAUAGAGAUAUGGAACUGGGCAGAUAAGCCAACCAAGAGCUGCUCCACGUUAGGAGUCGUGUCCCUCUGCACAGCCUAG